AUGAGUUUAAAAAAAGGUCCCGGUGGUAUGGAGCUGGGGGAGUGCACCAGAAACCCCGGGUAUCAGAAUGUAGAAGGCGACGGGUCAGCGGCGGAAACCAUCAACGUCGACCCCGGGGAGAAGCACGACUCCUCCGCGCUGAAGCUGGACCCAGACGCGGUUGAGGAGUACACGCAGAUCAAACCUUACGCCGGGAUGCCCAAGGAGGUGCUGCUGCAGUACUCCUCCCUGGCCCGGUACCGAGUUCCCCGAGAGAUCCUGUUCUGGCUGACGGUGGCUUGCACCCUGGUGCUGGUGGCGCUCACCAUCACGGUGAUCGCGUUGUCGCCGCGGUGCCUGCAAUGGUGGCAGGCCUCCCCGGUGUACCAGGUCUAUCCCCGGUCCUUUAAAGACUCCAACGGAGAUGGGGUCGGAGACCUGAAAGGAAUUCAGGAGCAGCUGGAUCACUUCCUGUACCUGAACAUCAAGUCAGUUUGGCUCAGUCCUUUCUACCGCUCUCCCAUGAAGGACUUCGGCUACGAUGUGGAAGAUUUCCGGGAUAUCGACCCGCUCUUUGGAACCAUGCAAGACUUUGAAGAGCUCCUGGCUGAAAUGCACAACAAAGGCUUGAAGCUGAUCAUGGAUUUCAUUCCCAAUCACACCAGUGACCGACACCGCUGGUUCAACUUGAGCCGAACAAGAGAUCCUCACUACAAGGAUUACUACGUCUGGACCGACUGCAAUGCAACCGGACCAAAGCCCAACAACUGGGUGAGUGUGUUUGGGAACUCGUCGUGGACUUAUGAUGACGUUAGAGGACAAUGCUACUUGCACCAGUUCCUCAAGGAGCAACCAGACCUGAACUUCAGAAACCCAAAUGUCUACAAAGACAUGACUGAUAUUAUUCAUUUCUGGCUGGAGAAGGGAGUGGACGGGUUCCGGAUGGAUGCAGUGAAGCACAUGCUGGAGGCCACACACCUGAGGGAUGAACCACAGGUGGACCCGAGCAAACCAGCAGAAUCUAUACAGACAGAGUUCGACCUCCACCAUGACUACACCUACACUCAGCUGGGUUUGCAUGACAUGCUGAGAGGCUGGAGGGCAGUGCUGGACGUCUACAGCCGUGAGCCUGGAAAAUACAGGUUCAUGGUAAUUGAGUCCUAUGAUUACCAGGAGCUGGAAAAGACCAUGAUGUACUAUGGCACCCCGCUGGUUAGAGAAAGUGACUUCCCCUUUAACUUUUACCUGCUGUACCUGCCCCAGAACACCAGUGGCUUGUGGGUUAAAGAUCUGGUCCAUUUGUGGAUGGCUAACAUGCCCAAGGGAAAAUGGCCCAACUGGGUGGUAAGUCAGGAGUCUCACUUUAUCCAUCCCAUAUCCUUUACUUUUUUUACAAUCAACUUCCAUAACUGCACCCCAUCCAUUCACCCUACCUUCUUCCUUCCAAAUUUAUCUUGCUCACCUGUCCACCCUCUCCUGUAUUUCUAUUACCUCCACUGUUAUCAGGUUGGGAACCAUGACAAGCCUCGAAUUGCCUCAAGUGCUGGUCAGACCUACACACGUGUCAUCAACAUGCUGCUGCUGACCCUCCCAGGCACGCCCACCACCUAUUAUGGCGAGGAGCUCGGCAUGGAGAACAUUAAUGUCACUGACAGUCAGAUACAGGAUCCUGCGGGCAAAUACAACGCUAGUGCCAGUCGGGACCCUGGGCGGUCUCCAAUGCAGUGGAAUGGUGACAUGAACGCAGGCUUUAACAUCAAAACAAACAUCACCUGGCUGCCUGUACACCCUGACUACAGAAGUGUCAAUGUGGAGGUCCAAAUGAAAGAUGAGGGCUCUGUUCUGGCUCAGUACCGUUUCCUGAACACCCUGCGUCAGUCAGAGCUCCCCCUUCACCGCGGAUGGUUCUGCUACGUCCACGCUGAUGCCAGUGUCUUCUCUUACCUCAGAGAGCUGGAUGGGCUCGACCGAGCUUUUCUCAUAGUGCUUAACUUUGGUAAAGAAUCUGCCACCACAGAUCUCUCCUCUAUUCGUGAGUUGCCAGACCAGUUGAAGGUGCUGAUGAGCACAAACCAAAUAAACAACGGCAAGGUGUUACAAAAGUCUCGUAUCCUGACGGAGGCAGCAGAGGGUUUGGUGAUUCAGUACUCCACCCACACUCGGUUUAACCCCAACCACCCCGAACAGUGCUACGUCUCUGAGAAGGCCUGCUAUUUGAGUGCCAUCGACAUACUUUAUAAAUGCUAACAUGAAUAGACGAUGACAUUUAGUUAUUACAGUUUCACAGCAGCAAUCAAAAAAAUCCAGAUUCUUCUUUGGUGUCCUCUGUAAGGGAUUUAUGUCAUUAAUAAUAAAGAGGACCAUUGCAAACACA